AUGAUUCCUCCGAGAAAUGAAUUGCAUCAGGAGAGACUAGAGCCAGCUCGGGAUCCCUGGUUUCAUGAUGAUCGCUUCCUACGACUCUUUUAUGAAAACUUCCAUGUCGCCCAUCCCAUUCUGGUGCCUAGUGCCACAUACCAUGACCGACAGUACCCCGAAUUCCUUCAACUCGUUGUUAACUUCGUCGGGUCUCACUAUGUUCCGUCUAGUACCAGUCAGCAAUAUCGAGACAAGGUCAAUGCAGAGUUGGCCUGCAAUCCCGACCGAUCGCCUUGCAUGGUUCAGGCCUGGUUGAUCUACUCAAUUGCCAUCUACGCCCGGGGUGAGCCACAGGAGGCACAAGAUGCGUUUUCGCGCGCUGUUGAAAUAGCUUUGGAGCUUGGUAUGAACAAAGUGGAAUUUGCCGCGUCUCUAAAUCCUGAGACCUCCAUUGAAGCCGAGAGCAUGCGACGGACGUGGUGGGAGCUUUACAUCACUGAUGUUUUCAUGGCAGCUCCAUUCAAAGGCAGUGCCUUUCAAUGCAGCACCAUGGCUCCUGAAGUUGCAUUGCCUUGUGAGGAGUCAGCAUACACCGGAACUUGCGACAUUCCUACACCUCGAAAGAUGCUCGACUUCAAACGAAGGGUCUUUGCUUCAGAGGAGACGGUCUUUCCCUCAUUCAGCUAUCGUAUUGAAGCGACAACGAUAUUGUGUCGGGCACUUGUCUUGAACAGGCUACGCGACUACCAUCGAGAUCAUCUUCAGGCUGUGGAGAACGCGCUCGUCAGUUGGGUCAAUCAUUUACCAUCGAAGAAACUGGACAUCGUCGACUCCUAUGGUAACAUCGACGAAAUGAUGUUUCAAGCCCAUAUGACCAUUUCAUAUGCCACCAUGAUAUUGCAUCUUCCACGGAGUGAUCUUCAGUCUAUCUUAUCUCAAGCAGAUGACCAGUUCUGGCCGGUCGCUUCGCGUCAUCUAGCCUCAACCCUCAAUCGUCCAAUCCACAGCAUCAAAGCAACAGAGGCCUCCAGACGAAUAUCCGAUGCCAUUUCACUCUGCCCGAAUGUCCCUAAGCACACCCCCUUUGCUAUUCCCGCAUUAGCGCUCUGUGGCAUGAUUCAACUCGCCACGUCCAUCAAGCAUACCGAAGAAUGUUUUGAUCAUCACUACAACCGGGUGACGCUCAUACUCGGGUGUUUGAAAAGUACGAAACGAAUUUGGGGUCUGGCAGACGCUGCUUUUAAUAGUCUGCGAACCUCGGCAGGGGAAGCCCUGUCGGACUCGAUGGAACGUUGGUGCACAGAACCCCUAAGAAAGCUAUUCCCGACGGACUCCACGCCGAGUAGCACAGAGCGCACAAACCAGCCUACGCGGCCAACGUCGGCGAUUUCAGAUGCACAAGACAUCCUGUUCCCGCCGAUCGUACCCGGAUUUGUUGAUCCGACUUGCUACAACGACGCCUUCUUCACCUCUAUUCCGGAUUUCGAUAUAAGCUAA